AUGGCAACAGGUAGAGCUAAAAAACCUUGUAUCAAAUGUGAUAAAGGUGCAGGUAUUAUUAUAUGUGGUGGGUGUCAAGAGUGGUUCUGUGACAAGCACUUUCCACAGCAUCGACAGGAACUUGGUGAAAAGAUGGAUCAUAUUGGCCAACAGCAUGACUUUCUUCACAAACAAUUAACUGAAAAUAAUGUUACACAUCCACUCCAUUUACGUAUUAAUGAGUGGGAGAAUGCAUCAAUUAAGAAGAUUCAAGAAGUGGCGAAAAAAGCUAGAAGUGAUCUACAAAGAUAUUUAAAUGAAACAAAAACCGAAUUAAGAGAAUCGCUCGGCAAAGUGAAGAAUGAAUUAGCAUCGAGUCGUGAAUUGAAUGAUUAUACCGAGUUGGAGCUGAGAGAAUGGACUGACCAACUCAACAAACUUCGACAACUGCUUGAGAAACCAUCGACCAUUGACAUUGUCGAAGAUGGCCAAUCCCAGUCACUCAUUCGUAUUGUUCAACAGAAAAGUACGUAA